GUUUUUUUGCACGCAAGUUGCCACACUUUCUUUCAGAAUGACGACGUGACUGGUUUACCUUUUGGUGGAGAGAAAUCUGCAGUGAUGGCGUUUCGAUAAUGGCCGAACUAAAAUCUUAGGCGGCACACUUUAAACCUGGACACUCGCCGUAAUUUGCCCUGUCACAACGACAGAAUAACAACACGAUGGCACCCGGGAAUUAUGCCCCGCUUUUGGCGUUUGCUUUAAGCUUCCCCCUCCUCGGCGUUAACGAGGCUUACCUCUCCAUUCCUCUGAAAAUCUUCCCGGGGAAGUACAACGUGUCCUCGGCGGCGGCUUUGCCCGCCGUCCGCCUGGUCGCCCUGGCGCCCGAUGGGAAGGGUCUCUCUCUGGCCACCGACCCCAGCGGUCAAGUCAACUUUGUGGACAUGGUGGGCAACCUGCAAGGGGAUUCCGGAAGGGGAUACUACAUAGAAAUGUUGAUUGGCACUCCAGGACAACAGCUGAACAUCCUGGUGGACACGGGCAGUAGUAACUUUGCAGUGGCUGCAGCUUCACACCCAUUUAUUACCCACUUCUUCAACACUGCGCUCUCCACUUCCUUCAGCUCAGCCGGCCAAACGGUGGCUGUCAGGUACACCCAGGGCAACUGGAUGGGUGAACUGGCCGUCGACAUUGUCUCCAUUCCCAGAGGCCUAAAUGGUACCAUCACUGUCAACCUAGCCGCCAUCUUGUCGUCUGAGGGCUUCUUCCUCCCCGGCAUCAACUGGCAGGGCAUCCUCGGACUGGCCUAUCCCAUGCUGGCUCGGCCAGAUUCAUCAGUGGAACCCUUCUUCAACUCUGUGGUCAAACAACUCGGCAUUCCUGAUGUCUUUUCCCUCCAAAUGUGCGGCACUGGAAUUUUAGCCGGCAGCUCAGUUGAUACUCCGGGUGGGAGUCUUAUCAUGGGAGGGGCUGAACCAACUCUGUAUCGGGGGUCCAUCUGGUACACCCCUAUAGUCGAGGAGUGGUACUACCAGGUAGAGGUUCUAAAGCUGGAGGUUGGUGACCAGAAUCUGGACCUGGACUGCAGAGAGUACAACAUGGAUAAAGCCAUAGUUGACAGCGGCACAACACUCCUGCGACUCCCCGUCAACGUCUUCAGUGCAGUGGUGGACGCCAUCACACGCAGCUCUCUGAUCCAGGAUUUCUCCUCAGGCUUCUGGGAUGGGACCAAGCUGGCAUGCUGGAUGAGGGGAGAUACCCCGUGGAGGUUUUUCCCCAAACUGUCCAUCUACCUGAGGGACACCAACACCAGCGAGUCAUUUCGCAUCACCAUCCUGCCUCAGCUGUACAUCCAGCCAAUCACAGACGUAGACGGCACACUGGACUGCUACCGUUUCGGAGUGUCGUCGUCCACUAAUGGCCUUGUGAUCGGAGCGACGGUCAUGGAGGGUUUCUAUGUGGUGUUUGAUCGUGCCCAGCACAGACUGGGCUUUGCUCUCAGCAACUGUGCAGUAAGCGGCGGAGCGCCUCUCUCAGAAGUUGCCGGGCCCUUCUCAGCAGCCGACGUGGCAACCGACUGCUCGGGCAGGGCUCUGAAGGAGCCACUGAUCUGGGUCAUCUCCUACGGUCUGAUGGCCGUCUGUGCCAUCAUCCUCAUCAUUCUGCUGCUGCUGCUGGUCCUGCCCUGCCGGCAGCGAAGCUACUCGGGGGAAAUCACCGACGAGUCCUCGCUGGUGCGCCACCGCAUCAAGUGACUGAGAGGGAAUGCGCGGGCGGGGGGCCAGGGGAGCGCUGGCACAGAGGUGGACAAAGGGGUGAGACUGCGCACACAGGUGGACACAAAAGUGUCAACGACCUUAGCUAGGAUUAAUCCUUCUGAUAAACUCUCACAAGACACUGGACAAUGACCUUGUGGUAAGUCUUAUAUGAACUCUGGAUUGGUCAACAGAAAACACUUUAACAGCAGUGAAUGAACAUCUUCUGAGCCAUCAUCACCAGGAAUGACCUUCACUGACAAAGCAAUAUUACAGAUGCCAUUAUUGUCCUUGAUGGGAUGUUUACCCCCUACCCCCGCUACCCUGCUUGGAUAGUGAAAUCGGUGUCAGGAAAAGAUGCUUAGACAAUCACUGAUGCUUUUAUGUCAUGUUUACUGCCUGUGGUGCCUCGAGGAGCCUCUUUGAUACAGAGAUUGUGCGCUUUCAGAGUCUACAAACAAAACAAAUGAAAGUACCACUAAAGUUCCCAAGCUAUCAUAGUGUUGCAUCAGGACUGUGCCAAAAACCACCACUCCAGCUGUCCAAUCAACACAGACCUCAGUUCAGUUCAUGCAUACAGCAGUGCCUUCCCAUUUUUACUUCGUUUAUGACCAAUGAGGGUUUGCACUUGUAAUGUGAUCAAUCUUUGGGAGCAACGGUAAUAAUGUAUUUACUAAUUGUGUCUCGUGUUCAAGUUUAUAUUUAAAUCCUGUUUCUGAAUGGGAGUGUUUAGAAUGCUUCAGAUUUUUUGGCACAUGCUGUACAACUGCAAUAGUCCAAACCAAAGCAUAUUUAUAACUGACAACAGCACAGUCAUGUAUGAUCGAAGCUUAAAUGACCUGCAAAUCA